CAGUGGCUUUGCUUCCAACAAUCUGUCGAUUCUCGAGAAUGCUGGAUGGCCCUUCAAGGAUUAAUGCAUCGCUUGUUGUCUUAACACUUUAAUAAAAAUGCCCUUGGUCAGCCAGUACGACUGCAGCGGGUGCUGCAGCCUUCUACAUGGUUACUAUGACUGGACCAAUAUACUGGUGAAUUGGCAAAUGACCUUGCACUCUCCAAAUUAAUUGAUGAAAUACUCCGUCGAGCAUCCACCACGGACAAGAGACCGUAUCAGGGACGGCAAAAGAAUAACUCGCUCUAUUAUAUCCUCGAAGUGUGAUGGUUAACGACGUUUGCUGGCGGAAACUAAAGACCAGUUGAAAGUUGAAAGUUGACGAUGCCAUGGGAAGAAACCGAGGCCUCUUCAAUCAGUCUCCAUCCUCUUGCUGGUCUCGUCUUGUCCAGAUUCCAGAUGACAGUAGCUGGUUUUUUGAAGUAUAAUCAGGCCAGAUCCAAUGUGGAUCCAGACUCCGUAAUCCGUAAUCCCGGUGUUUGUAGCGGCAGCCUCCUCUCAGACCUUUCCGCAUAGGAACCGCAGCGCGCAGCCAGUUAAUUGCUCUGGGCCUCUGGUCGCUUCCCCGCUCCCUGAAGAGACCAACGCAGGCCAGUUUAAGAACAAAAAAAAAAGAUGAGACGAUGAGAACCCAGCAUCCGAGCGCCUUUUCGGAUUGACACUGCGGCGGUGAUCUUUGAGGGUAUAUCUACCUCGUCGAACGUCUUAGACCACCCUCCGCUGGUUUCAGAGGAACUCCUCCAUAUCGCUUCCUCAUAUAAGAAUCAUGUCGGCUGGCCGCUCACAUUCAUGCCACUAUUGAGGACACCACAAUUGACGAGCUCUGGUGCAAAGGGCCCUCGAGUACCCGACAUUUGCUGCUUUUCCUCUGGAACACCUGACGCGCCCCCAGCUCAAAAAAUGCCUAGGGUACGCAAGCCGCAAACCACGUAUUGGAACAAUUCCUCAUUCAUAGACAGUGUGCUGAUCUUGGCAAUACGUGAAAGCGGCCGUGUCGUUCGAGACAUUAUAGAUCCGUCUCCUGCCUGGGGUGAUAUCCAUGUGAACCAGUUUCAACCUGAAACAAUGUCUACUUCACCCGAGAGGGACAAGGAAGGGCUCAUCGAGUCCGGCUCGACCCUCUCAAAUGAGUUAGCGGGCAACAAGAAGCGCUCAAGUUCCGAGAUUGCAGAAUAUCCCAGGAGGCGCGCUACAAUAGCGUGUCAAAUAUGUCGUUUACGAAAAACAAGGUGCAAUGGAGCUCGGCCAAAAUGUCAGCUCUGCACAGAUCUAGAUGCGGAAUGCGUCUAUAGAGAACCGGGUAUCAAGCUAGAUGCCGGUGAUAAGUUGAUCAUUGAAAGACUCACUAGAAUUGAAGGAUUGCUGCAGUCCAGCUUGGCCGCACAUAAUACUCACUUUCAGCUCUCCUCAACAUCUCCCACCACCAGUAACGACACAAAUCUUGGCAGCGAUGACGCGGCGGCCAAGUCUUCGAAUACCCUCUCGGUUCCGGGGAAGACUACCACUAUUGUUGGACUUGGCUCUUGGGCAAACCCGCCGACAAGCAUAUCCACGAUGCCCAAGGUACACACGACGCCAGCCCUGAAUCUCUUGAAUUGGCCCUUGAUUCGAGACCUUGUCUCUCGCCCAUAUGACCCCCAGACACUGCUGCAGCUCGAAAUGGCCCGUGAGCCGCUUCGAAUGACUCCUCCAAUGCCCUUCGAUUUAUCCGGCGCAUCCACCUAUGUUGAAGCCUUCUUCGAGCGAGUUAAUGUUUGGUACGCUUGUGUUAACCCAUUCACCUGGCCACGAUACUACAACGCCGCCGUUUCCGUUGGCUUUCGAGAAGGCCCCGAGAGCUGUGUCGUGCUUCUAGUUUUGGCUCUGGGCUGCGCCACGCAAUAUGGCAGCAUCGCUUUGCUGUCCACUGACAGGGACCCUCCGGGAUUAUCAUUUUUUAUGGCAGCAUGGAAUCUUCUACCGUCUGUCAUGAUGCGGAACUCGGUCGUUUCCGCUCAAUGCAUUAUUCUUGCCGCCGCUUACCUAUUCUACUUGGUUCGGCCGCUCGAGGCCUGGACAUUGCUCUCAAAUGCUAGCAUGAAGCUACAGCUGCUAUUCGGGAACCCUUCUCGCGUCCCCGUGCAGUGGAGGGAGCUGAGUGUGCGAGUUUACUGGAACGCCCUGCUUUACGAGAGUGAUAUGCUUGCAGAGCUGGAUCUACCACACUCUGGGAUUGUGAACUUUGAGGAGCUCGUCGAUCUCCCGGGUGGGUUUGAUGAGGAUGAUGAUGACGACGACGAGGACGAGGAAGAAGUUAGCGAGAGCCCUACUCUCAAACAUAUCAAAUCUGUUGGUCGCGACGAACUCUGGUACUUUUUGGCCGAAAUCGCCCUCCGCAGACUUCUCAACCGAGUCAGCCACAUGAUCUACCAGAAAGACAGUACCCUCACUCUCGCCUCCUUAGGCCCCAUCGUCUCGGAACUAGAUUUUCAAUUAUCCCAGUGGUACGAGGGCCUUCCCCAACCCGUUCGGUUUCCCCUCUCCCACGCCCCCAUCUCAAACCCCGUUCAGACCGUCCUCCGGCUCCGCUACUUUGCCUGUCGAACAAUCAUUUAUCGCCCAUAUAUCCUCGCCGUCUUCGAGAACGAGCAGACAUCUACCGAUUCGUGGGUGAGGGAAUGCUGCCGCCGAUGCCUCGAGGCUACCUUCUACCAGCUAGAGAACAUUACCAGCCACCGUGAGGGGCACCUUCCCUAUUUGUGGCAGGGUGCUUUGUCGAUGGUCUCGCAAUCUUUACUUAUCAUGGGUGCGACUAUGUCGCCUGCUCUUUCAGCUCUGCUUCCUUCUACAUUUCGGGUGGAUGGUGUUAUAUCAAGCGUCAUCACAGAGGUCGACAGAUAUGCCCACCUUGCACCAAGCCUCAAGCUAUCCGCGGAGAUUCUCCGCGACGCGGAGAGGCGACGCCAGAUUUGCCUCAGAUCUGCAGGCAAGAGGACGUAAGUGCAAGAAUCAAUUAGGUCCGCUAUGUUCCUUUCUUCUUGAAAGAGCGCACGGGCGGCAAGACCACUCUAAACUACGGCGUUAUGCAUAUUUGAUAAAAAUCGUGGACUAAUGAUGGUUCGAUGACCGCCCUUUUCCCUUAAGCCUGCCAAUUGCCAGAUUAUCAUCUUCUUGUAUAUAGGGCUGCAUCAGGGAGGGAGAUCGCCUCGAGAUUAUACAUAUAUAUAUUUAGGUCAUGUCCAUAUACGCAUAUACAUGCUAUGGUUUAUAUACAUGCCAAAAGACAAAGCAAUAUCUGGGUAAAAACCCCUUGGAAACGCAAAAGGGGUUAUCUUGUCGUUAUUCGAAUCGCAGGGAAACGCUAAACCACGAGGUGAAAUUGCACCGUGCAGGAAAUAGCACUGUGCGUAAGGCAAGGAGAGGGGCGAAAGACGAGUAUGUUGUCGAAUAGUGACACGAUGCCGAGUUAGAGCAGAACCCAUUCGCUGCCUCUCUUGAUAAAUUUGUCAAGCAUCAUGCCAAUGUCAUUCAGCGCAAAGCGGCAGAUAUAAAAGCCGAAGAACUCAGCGGCAUGACGCGUGCUAAGCUCUAGCCCAACAAGAGUUUGUGACGAGUGCCUCAAACCUGGAUCUUCAACCUGCUGCGCAAUUUGAUCUAUCGAGGUAAAUUAGUAAUGUGGUUCGCCAAGUGACUCGAUGUGGACUCACCUAAGACCUGGGCAGCAUCACAG